AUAGAUUUGGCCUUUUUAAUCUAGGCAAAAGAUAUGCCUGGUCUGUUGUGCAUGGGAAAACAUGUGACAAUGCUAUGCAGCGACCAGCGAACCAGAGAAGUCCGGGGCAUAUUAUUACCAGUGGAGGUUUCUCGCGCGCAGCAGGCCACGGUACAAGCAUGAUUGGCGUGUAGAACGAUGCCUUCUUGGACCCCCUAGCCGUUGUUCAUCUCAAUGGAUUGUUUCCGUUGAUAUUCGGGCCCUUUUAGGGUAGGGAAACGGCGUCGAAUGGCGGGAGAACUGUACACACAUGGUCAGGAGUGAUGAGCGUCACAGGGGAUCUACUACCAUUUGUUGGCCAGCUGGAUGCUUCAUUAACAGGCCGUCAUCCAGACCUACGGAGUAACAAGGUCCUAAACGCUGGCUAUAAACAGCCAAAUGAGUGGAUUUCGGCCGGUUUCGGUGGUGACGGCCUGAUGUGGACGUGGCUUUCUGGUGUCGCAGUAGGGGUCAUGAUCGCGGGUAGCGAGGACUUGGACGUUAGGCGAGAGUUAGGAAGACCCGGAGGAACUCUAGAAGAGUGGUUUCCGGACGAGUUAAGACCGACAACAAAAAGGCUUAAAGGCUCGGAUUUCGGCAGCAUUACUAUUCGCUUCAUCUGGUCGAUACUGACGAAUCGGGAGCCUACAAAACCUGGUGAUCGCAACCCUUACACAAACCGUCUCUAUGAAGCGAGCGCUAACAAUUUAUUGCUAUGAUUGAGGGAGAAGUUUAUUUGCCCCUUCGAUGAAGACAGCGGUAGGUUUCUACGUAUAGCGAGUCAUCUUGUUUGUAUUAAGUUACGUAACGAUAGACUCCAGUAAGGCAUGAAUGCCUUGUUUAUAGAGCAUAGUAUAGUAAGAAUUGUUAAUAGACAGCGAGAGAACUUUUUAACUACUAUUAAUAAUAGCUUCUCUUUGUCUAAUACGAA